AGUUAGAGGCUAGAGAAUGAGAGAACAACUAUCGGGAUAUUGCUGAACAUUACAGUGGACCUGCCUGUCCUUUAAUUUUACAUUUCAAUUUUCUCGUUUUUACAGGUGUUUUAUAACAAAUAAGAUGGCUACGUCCUCCAGUGCAGAACUGAGUAAGGCUGUAAAACAGCAGUACAUGGAACUCCCUCAGGGAGACAAAGUCCAAGUCAUGUAUGUCUGGAUCGAUGGAACCGGAGAGGGACUCCGCUGCAAGACCAGAACAUUGGAUUCGGAGCCCAAGAGCAUUGAAGAACUGCCGGAAUGGAACUUUGAUGGCUCCAGCACCUACCAGUCUGAGGGCUCAAACAGUGAUAUGCAUUUGAUUCCUUCUGCAAUGUUCAGAGAUCCUUUCCGCAAAGACCCCAACAAACUGGUCCUGUGUGAAGUGCUGAAGUACAACCGCAAACCUGCAGAAACCAACCUACGUUUGACGUGUAAGAAAGUCAUGGACAUGGUUGAGAACCAGGUCCCUUGGUUUGGCAUGGAGCAAGAGUACACCAUUUUGGGCACUGAUGGACACCCAUUCGGCUGGCCCAACAACGGCUUUCCUGGCCCACAAGGUCCCUAUUACUGUGGAGUGGGAGCUGACAAGGCUUACGGUAGAGAUAUUGUGGAAGCCCACUACAGAGCCUGCCUGUAUGCUGGGGUCAUGAUCUGUGGCACCAAUGCUGAAGUCAUGCCUGCACAGUGGGAGUUCCAGGUUGGCCCUUGUGAAGGCAUCAGCAUGGGUGAUCACCUCUGGGCAGCUAGGUUCAUUCUCCACCGGGUGUGUGAGGACUUUGGCGUGGUGGCCUCAUUUGACCCCAAGCCCAUCCCUGGAAACUGGAACGGCGCUGGCUGCCACACCAAUUUCAGCACAAAAGAGAUGAGGGAAGAGGGCGGGUUGACGGCCAUUGAGGAGUCCAUUGAAAGGCUGGGGAAGAGGCAUAGCUACCACAUCCGCGCCUACGACCCUAAAGGGGGGCUUGACAACGCCCGUCGCCUCACCGGACACCAUGAAACCUCCAACAUCCACGAGUUCUCUGCCGGCGUGGCCAACCGCGGCGCCAGCAUCCGCAUCCCUCGCACCGUGGGCCAAGAGAAGAAGGGAUACUUCGAGGACCGCCGCCCGUCUGCCAACUGUGACCCGUACGCCGUGACUGAGGCUAUGAUCCGCACCUGUUUGCUCAGCGAGGAGGGAGACGAACCUGUGGACUACUAGAUCUAACUAGAUCCACAGCCCUCUGGACUGAAUCCCCUUCGCCUCCACCCCUCUCCUUUCUAAAUGGCUGAAAAGUCAAACUAGUACUGUAUUUGUCAUUAUUUUUAACUGAAAUUAUUCUAACCUUGUAUUUCUAAAUAGUGUGAAGUUGGCUGGUCAACUUAACAUGGAAUUAAAUCUGGUGGUUAACAUAUGAAAUGUUUUAAAAAGAUGGUGGCUGACAGGGCAUUGUCUUUCCCCUCUCAUUUGAGUGUUUUCUAGUGGGGAGUAUUAUGUAACAUAACUGUCUUUUAAAUCCCCAUUUGAUCUCGCUUUCCCUGCCGUCUGUCGAACUGAAAUAAACUAAAGCACAUGUGGACACUGAAGACUAUGGCUGGGCGGCAUGUGUAAUUUUCUUAAUGACCUAUGGCUAGUUUGUGUACUUUAUGCAUGUUGACCUGGCUUUUAAACUCUGUACCAUUUUAAUUCAAUAUUGCUAACUAUAAGAAAAAGUGUGGUUUUUAAAUGCCAACAUUCUUCAGAUUUUACACACUACUGGAUCAUGUUGUAUGGUACAUUCUUCAGCCGUCUGGCCCAAAUCCUGUUGUCUUAUCCGUUUGGGUCUGUCUUACCAUUUGUAGAGUUCCUGUAAGACUCAUGAAGGAGUUUUAUCCUUUUUGUCAACUGAUAUAUUGUUAUGGCACAUGAUUUGUUAAAACCUGAAUUUGCUGAACCUGGUGUUUUUUAUUGAAACAUUUAAUUUUUA